GUCGUUCCUGUGAUUGAACCUUCGAUGAUUUAAUCCUUACAACUCCAACCUGCCUAGUUUCCAAAGUCUACAUUCAUAUCUCAUUGUAUAACACCAAACGACUAAGCCAGAAUUGCUCUUUAUUUUUCAUAACCCUAAAUCCUAAUAAUCUGUGAAAUUAAAACUUGCUUGGUUCAACAAUACACCCAUCCACCACCCAGCUCAUCGCUUAUAAGAGCAAAGGGUCACAAACCAUUAGACCAGAGGCAAAUAUUUCAGGGGAAUACUCAAAAUGGCCUUACCAAGCCCAGAGACUCAAGCCAAAGUAGCCAGCGAAGCCGCCCAAUCCUUCGUAGACCACUUCUACGAAGCCCUCAGCAAGCGACGCCCCCUGUCCCAAUUCUACGCCUCCGCCUCCGCGCGCCUAACCACCGCCGGCGUCAAACCCGACAUCAGCAUCAACGGGCUGCUCGUCCCCGACGCCUCCGCCUACGAGGCCUUGCUCGAAACGCAGGGCGGCCCCGUAUCCUACGACGUCGCGUCCUUCGACGCGCAGCCCGUGAACCCGUGCUUCCGCAUCGGCGAGCCGGAACCCCCCGCCGGCCCCGGCCGCGACGCUACUGCCGCCGCGGCCGUGCGCAACGGCGAUAGGCUGAGCUUCGCGGUCCAGGUCAGUGGCGUGGUGCGGUAUGGGCGGGGGCACGGGGAUGGGAAGGCCGGGGUGGGCGACGCGGUGGCUGUGGGGGGAGGGGGGGUUGGAGUAGGAGUAGGAGGGAGUAAUAACAGUAGCAAGGACGACAACGAGCCCCUCGAGAAGCCGUUCAACGAGGCGUUUCUACUAGUGCCGCAUUGGGAAGCUUGGGGGAGGAACGCGCCGCGGGGGCUGAGGAAGUGGGUUAUUGUUAGCCAGAACUUCCGCGCUCUGUAAGGGGGACUGGAUGAGGGGAUGAAGCAAACCCGUAAAGGGCGCGAGCAAACGGAACGGAGCGAAGCCCUUACAUGUUACGACAGAUGAGGCAGUUUCUGUAGGGACCGUGGACGAUAAGACAUACAUCCCUAGUGAAUGAGACAUGAGAACAUGGAUCUAGACGAGGCUUUCUCAGAAAGGUACAUCACCAACUACUUACCUACAGCUUUACCAUGGGCUUCAGCCCGGGAAUAUGACGAAUCCAUGUGAGACAACUUAGCUCUUCGAGAAUCAUAAGGUGGUAGUUAAAGGAAAGGGCGAGAAAAAGCAGAGAGAAAAAAACAGAAACGGUCUCAUAAUCAUAGAGGAGAGGACAAGGUUGAUCCCGAGGAAGGUCACAUAAGGGGAUAGAUAUAACCCAAACCUACCUCAAAACAAGUCCAGUACCAACAA